AUGGAUUCAGGAGGGUUGCAAGCAAGGGGGUUUGGCUCAGUCAUGAAUUCUUAUGGAGAAAGGAUUACAGACGGCAAUUCUGAAGUGAAGAAAUUGCAAAAUAAUUAUUCAGAGAAGAAGUAUCCAACUAGAAGAGAACUUCACCAGGUGAGACGGGACACGAGCCAUUUCAACAAGAGCAGAAAGCUCGCAGAAUCAGUAACAGCACAAGCAGAAACUGAGCUUUUUUCUGCGAAGAAGACUGUAAAAGGCCUAACUUCAGCAAUUGGGGAAUCGAAUUUACGAGCAAAAACAAAGAUCGGAGAGCUGGAGAAACUGAAAAUGAGUGAAAAAAGUGAAGGAAAAAGGAACAGUGAAAAUACUCACCAUGCAAAAGUGUUGCGAGAAUUGAAAUCUGUUAAACAAGAAUUGAGUAAGCUUAAGCUAGACAUGGCUUCGAUUUGGGACGAAAAAAGAAGAGCCGAGAAGGAAGCAGAAUCCUCCAUGUUUAAAAUAACUACUUAUUCGAGUUCGGUUGAAUCACUUACUAAGGAGAUUGAUGAAAUCAAUGAACAACACGUGCUGGUUGAGUUGGCACGAAUCGAAGCCAUUAAGGAAUACGAAGAAAUUGAAGCUCAGAAAAAAGAAGCUGCUGAAAAACACUCAAAUGCAUUGGAGAAAACUAGGAAGAAAAUGAACGAAAUGAGCCAAGAAAUUGAAGAUUCUGAAGAGUUGGAAGAAAAAUUGGCUAUUACAAUGUCUGAUAUCAAAAUGUUAGAGCAUGUAAAGGAAAUCAAGGAAAUGGACAAGAGAUUACAGAGAGCAUCCGAGUCUGAACUUGCAUUGGAGUCCGAGGGUGAGUUCGAGGCAACAAAGAAAGAAUUAGCUUUAGUUAAAGAAGAAAGUUUUCAGUUCAUGUCAUCCAUGGAUAUAGUACGAGACGAGCUCAAGCACGAGGCAGAAGAAACAGCUCGACUAAGGAGAAAAGAAGAAAAAAAAGAGAGGACGAUUCAGAAUUUGAAUUCGAAGCUUUUGAGGGCCAAAGCCAAAUUGGAAGCAGUGUCCACAGUUGAAGACAAGGCUAAAUCAAUUGCUUCAAAUCUCGUUCAUACUCUUGAUCAGCUAAAAUCAGAAGCUGAAUCAGCUAAACACGAACGGUCUCUGAUUAGCAAAGAAACUGCAAUAAUCAAAGCCGAAAUUCAAAAAACUGAGACUGAAAUAGAUUUGGCUGAGGAAAGAUUACAGAUUGCUCUACAAGAACUGAAAACAGCUAAAUCAUCAGAAGCCACAGCUCUCAAGAAUCUAGAGUCAGUUAUUGAGAAGACGAUGAAAAAUAGACCUUCAAAUUCUCGGGAUAAGUCCACGAUAACCAUCUCAAAGUUUGAAUACGACUACUUAACAGGACAUGCAUCCGGGGCAAAGGAACUUGCGGAUAAAAAAGUUGCAGCUGCUGAGGCAUGGAUCGAAGCUCUAAAAGCAAGUGAAAAAGAAAUUCUUAUCAAAAUCGAGCUAGCUCAACGAGAAACUCGAGAGCUAAGGGCCGAGGAAGAUCUAGAGGUUAAUGAAGCAGAGAGAUCACUUCACAUGAUGAAAAUAGUCGAGGAGGAGUUAGAGAACAGGAGGCAACAGUAUGAGCCUCAAAACUUGCAGCCUGAAAUUAGACUUCCCAGAAAAUCGAUGAACAGUAGUGGAAAAAUGACACCUGCAAGACGAGGUAAACAUCGAAAAUCUGCAUCUCCUAUAGUUCGUAAUGUGUCUGGAUCGACAUCUUUCACUGUCGGGAGGAGAAGAAAGCUAAUGCCAAAUUUAGCUAAGUUUUUCACUGGAAGGAAUACUGAGGCAAAUCUUAAACAUGUAUGA